CGUCUGCGUGCCCCUCGCAAUUACCUGUUCCACCAGAGCUGAUGUGAGCGCGAGUUGGCGAGCACAUGCCACGUUGGGGAGAAGCUAAACAUAACUGAACCGAGCAGCAUUUCCGGGCUCGCGAGGACCGUUUUCAUUUCGUCCACCUCUUGAAAAAGGAAAAAGAAGAAGAAGAAGAAAGAAAAAAAACUCAACCAGGUGUGUUUUAACAAACCUCCGACACAAACCGAACCGACUGAGGAUCUGAGAGACUCGCGAGGAUGCACUUGUUGUCCGCCAGCUGCGUGUGCGCCCUCCUCAUCACCGCGCUCCUCCACCGAGUCAGCGGUUUGGAGACUGUUAUCGGCCUGUAUGGAGAAACACUCGAGAUCCCGUGCAACAAUGGAGCCAUAAAAGCAGAAGAUGUGAUGCUCACUAAAUGGAAAUAUGACAAAGGAGAUGGACUUUCAGGAGACCUGCUGGUCAGGCAGCGAGACAACAACAUCUCCAUCCUCGCCACCGAUGAAUACAAGGGCCGGGUGAGCCUGGCCGCCAACGCCAGCCUGCUGCUCUCCGCGGCCAAGCUGUCCGACCAGCGGACGUUCACCUGCAUGGUGGUGGCUGGCGCGGACAUCCGGGAAUACCCGGUUAACGUGGUGAUUUACAAGACGCCAACGAACCUGGAGAUUUCUGACAAAGUGGAGGAACUAGAGAUUGGCAAACUUACUAAGCUAGGAACAUGUGUUGCGCAAGAUGCCAAUCCAGCCGCAAACAUCACGUGGUUGAGGAACAAUAAACCUCUGGCAGCUGAUGGGAAAGGGAUUUCCAUCCAGGCCUCGGUGCUGGUAGACCCCGAUACUGGCCUCUCGACCACCACCUCCGUGCUGGAGUACUCGGCCGAGAAGGAAGACACGGGCGCCCAGUUCACCUGCAGCACUCAGCACACCGUGGGCACAGAGCUGGUGUCCUCUCCGGUGACCUUCACUAUCACCUACUCCACAGAGAACAUCGUCCUUCAGGUCAUUGCUCAGGAGCCUCUAGUAGAAGGAGAUAAUGUGACUCUGAAGUGUGUUGCAGAUGGUAACCCAGCUCCUACCAGCUUUAACUUCCACCUUAAGGGAGAGUUGGUGAAAGUGGAAAACACAGAUACAUACACCAUCACCAAUGUCUCACGUGACACCAGCGGUGAAUACAAAUGCUCUCUCAUUGACGACCCCUCGCUGGAAGCAUCUGAGGACAUCACAGUCAACUACCUAGACAUCAAUUUAAACCCCUCUGGGAAUAUCGUCAGGAGUGCUGGUGCGGCCCUGGAUCCGACUCUGCGGAUUGAUGCUUCUGGAGAAUCAAAGGUCUUUUGGACAAAGGAUAAUGUUAAACUGGACAAGCAGCCCAAGUUUACCAACCUGACUUACGCGGACUCUGGCCUCUAUGAGAGCAAGGUGAUGAUGGGGCUCCUCAGCCGAAAAGCUUCUUUUGAGCUGCUCGUUGAAGGUGCCCCAGUCAUCAGACAGCUGCUCAAAAAGCGCGGCGAAGAUGGCCAGCAUAAAGUCUUGAUUUGUGAAGCUGAAGGUUCCCCGAAGCCAGCUGUUUCCUGGAGCAUCAACGGCACCUCGUCUGAUGAGAGUCCCUUCAUCAAUGGAAAGAUUACACACAAGAUCACGGUUGAGCCCACUGCAAAUCUAACUGUCUCUUGUACAGUGAGCAAUGAGUUUGGCACGGACACCAAAGCUAUAAAUGUGUCAUCCUUAAUUGUGGAGGUGAGAAUGGAUAAACAAGACCAAUCGGAGGAUAGCGACCAAACCAAGUUGGUGGUUGGAGUUGUAGUCGGUCUCCUCAUCGCCACUAUGAUUAUAGGCCUGGCAUACUGGGUCUACAUGAAGAAAUCCAAGCAAGGCAGCUGGAAGACCGGUGAAAAGGAGAACGGGUCUUCUGAGGAGGAGAAAAAACUGGAGGAGAAAGUGGAGGAGAACAGCCAAAAAGCUGAGGUGUAAAGAAACAGCAAACAUCCUUUGGGAAUGUGAAAGUGAGAACAUGGAACUUUUGCACAUUUCUCUUCACCUCUGUCUUUGGGGAAAAAAAAGAAAGAAAAACACGUGUACAUUGGGAUGAAGAUGGUUUGGAUUUGGUUUCAGGGAGAAUUUUACUAAAAAGCAUAUCCAAACACCCCCCAAGCCCCAUGACCUGUCACCCCUCCAUUCCUUAGAAAAAAAAACAAAAAAGACAACAAAAAAAAAGAAUGGAUACUGUAUGUGAUAUACAUAACUUGUCUGCACUACUGAUACAUGUGUAAACUUGUCUACUAUUAGGAUUCAUGUUUGUUAGAAUGGAUUUUGGGAAACUGAGAAAAUUCUGAUCUUUUUGGUUUUGUUAGUUGAUGCAAGUGAAAAUUACUAUUAGACCAGUUGCCUUUGCUGUUAAGGAUGUGUAGGCCUGCAUUAGUCUAUGUUUGACUCUUUGGCUCAGAGACAUAGCAGGGACCAAGGGACAUCACCGCCAUUGCUUCUUGGUUUCACAUCGUCACCGUCAAACAACCUCUGCCUUCAACAUCAACGUACGAAAUCAGUUUAUUUGUGCAUUCACUUUCAUUUGUUCCUUCAACCGUUAAUGAAAAAUUAAAUUUGAGAUGAAAUUCCUGAAAGGGCUAAGGGUAUGUUGUUAUACUCAGCAUUAGUUGUAGAUGGUACAAUGAUUUACAAUGUUGCAUUUUCAGGAAGUAGGAGAUAUGAGUUUUUUGGUGUUACACAAUUUCUUUGUUCUUUGAUUGUCUGUGCCUCCUUGGAAAGUCACCAGGAGAGAAAAAUGACAGAAACUCAGUUCAUUGUACUGUACAUUCAACAUAACCACUGUAUUACACAAGCAGGUAGAUUAUUGAGAGAAUGUAUGAGCAUAAUUUGACUCAUUUUUACCAACUUUUAGUUUGGCUGCACAGAUUGUUUCACGUUGUUUGUUUUCACGCUUUCCCCCAAGAAAAUGUCCUUGAGCCUGUAGUAAUGAAAGGAUAUUUUAGUUUGUCUCUCAAGGUUGUAAAUGAAUGCUCAGUUUGUGCUCCAUCAGUGUUGAGGUAUGCUUGUUUGUUAUGUAGCUACGGCUUAAUUUUGUAAUCAAGAACAUGGACUGGACAGGAUGUUUGUCGCAAAGUAGCUGUUACGAUACGUUUGCCUUCUUUUGAAAAUCUACCUGUUAAUUGCUUCAGUUUGUGAUGUGCACUAGGGUUCAUGUUUUCAUGUCAGGUUUGUGUAGAAUACGACGGAAUACGCGCAGCUGUACAUGUCACAAUUUUGGUCUUUUAAGAGCAUUCGCUAAAUCUGACAAUGUAUCGAGACCAGGAUGUAAUUGUGAAGUAUGUGGUUUCAUUUUCUUUUUGCUAUUUAUAUUGAACACGAUAAAAUAUCCUGGUAGGCAAAUUCAGUAAUUGUUCCAUAAUUCAUAUCUUGGAUUUAAACUGUUGAUAAAUUGCUUGCAGACUUCACAAAAAAAAUUUAACUACGUUCUGAGUCAUCAGUAGGUUGCUCAGCGUCUGGUUGAAUAAUAGAUUCAGCAUGUUAUAAUCUCAGACCUCCAAGCUGCUGUUUGUUGCCUACCUUGUGUAAAACCAUCAAAUUGGAAGAAUGACCAAAGAAAAGUGAGCGUUGCCAUGCAAGUAUUGUAAAUAUCUGAUGUUUGUUUUUGUACUUUUGUUUAAAAUAAAGUGUACAUUUGGAACA